AUGGCCCCUCUUCUGACUUCGCUGGCAUCGUGGACUGACAGAUUGUUGCAAGGCACCUCCAAAGGCUUCGGCAUCUACCAUACGGACCCGUUCUCGCGCAUAUUCAGCAGUGAUGACGGCAACAUCGCCAUCAUUGAGAUGUUGUUCUCAACCUCCCUCGUCGCGCUCAUUCUCUCUCCUCGACAUCUCAUAAUUCAAAACACCAAGAGGGCUUCGGUCAUAUGCGAACUGACCUUUCCAUCCGCCGUCCUGGCCGUACGACUAAAUCGCAAGCGGCUGGCCGUUGUCCUCGAGGAGGAAAUAUACCUUUACGACAUCAGCAACAUGAGUCUUCUCUACACCAUCCCCACCUCCCCGAACCCAUCGGCUAUAUGCGCGCUAUCAGCAUCCUCCGAGAAUUGCUUCAUCGCAUAUCCACUUCCCAAACCUAGAGAAGAGUCUGAUAGCAGACGGCCCCCUCAUGCUCCACCGCAGUCGGCAUAUGUUGCUCCUACGUCUGGCGAGGUUCUCAUGUUUGACACCUUGACGCUCAAAGCCGUUAACGUUAUAGAAGCUCAUCGCUCGCCGCUAUCUUGUAUCAGUCUCAACAGCGAAGGCACGAUGUUGGCAACUGCAAGCGAGACGGGUACCAUUAUUCGUAUAUUUUCGGUGCCUCGAGGCCAAAAGCUCUAUCAGUUCCGGCGUGGAACAUAUCCAUCAACCAUAUACAGCAUGUCCUUCAACCUCAGCUCAACGCUGCUUUGCGUAUCCUCUGCGUCAGAUACAGUGCACAUAUUUCGACUUAGUCCUCCGCCUGGGCAUACCACCCCGGCAGGUGCCCCAAUUGAAUCCCUAGGUUCCCCAAGACAAGAUCGGUGGUCCCGAGCGCGAAGCCACGACGGUGCAGAUUCACCCAGUAAUAGCGCGACUGAAUCUCCCAAAAGUGAAACCGCAGAGCUUGGAAGCAAUGGUCCUGCUCCAGAUGCCAGUGCCGCACCUGCUAAUCGCGGCCAAAGUGGUUCUUUUAGCAGUAUGCUACGACGGUCAUCUCAAAUCAUGGGUCGCGGAGUUGUCGGCGUUGUAGGCUCCUAUCUACCACAAUCAGUUACUGAGAUGUGGGAACCACUCAGAGACUUUGCCUAUAUCAAAAUCCCCAAGACCACUGGACUCGGAGCUGGAGCUCGAGUACCCGGCGGGCAAAGCUCUGGCCCACUUCGCAGUGUCGUUGCAAUGAGUAGCAGCAGCCCCCAAGUUAUGGUGGUAACUAGUGACGGCGGCUUUUACGUUUAUAACAUUGAUAUGGAGAAUGGCGGAGAGGGUUAUCUCGUAAAGCAGUUUUCGUAA